AUGUCUGGAAAGAAUGAUGAGCCCUUUGCGGUGAAAACGGAACUGGGAUGGAGCAUCGUAGGUGGUUCUCAGAUGGACUCUGAAGAGAACUUCGAUACAUUUGGACAAACAUAUCGUACUGUCAGCAUGAGGGUAGAGGCUCCCAUUUCGAUUGACAGUCAAUCAAACGUGAAGUACGCCCGCAAGGCAAAAGUAAAGGAGGUAACGACUGCAGACUUCCUUCAAAUGAUGGAAAGGGACUUCCAUGAAAUAGAUGGAAAGGACACAAUUUCCCAGGAAGACAAGAAAUUUCUGCAGAUUGUCAGAGACGGAAUCCAUCAAAGCGACGAUGGCUACUAUGAAAUGCCCCUCCCCUUCAAGAAGGGUGAACCCACUCUGCCGAAUAAUCGGCGGGCUGCCAUGAGUCGACUGGUGGGAUUGAAGAGUCAGCUCUUGAAGCGACCCCAGUACAGAGAACACUACAUGACCUUUAUGAACGAGAUUUUUCACCGAGGUGAUGCAGAAAAGGUUCCUGCAGAAGAAGUGUCCAUGUCAAACAGUUGGUGCAUACCACAUCAUGGAGUCUAUCACCCUAAAAAGCCAAACAAAGUUAGGGUUGUCUUCGAUCGUAGUGCUCGUUACCAAGGAACCUGUCUAAAUGAUCACCUACUACAGGGGCCUGACCUCAUCAACCCUAUGAUCGGAGUCCUGUGUAGAUUUCAACAUGGACCCAUUGCUUUCACCUGUGACGUGGAAAAGAUGUACCAUAAGUUUCGUGUAACGAAGCUACAUCAGAACUACCUUCGGUUUCUGUGGUGGGAAGAUGGGGAUCUUUCCAAGCCCCCAGUGGACUAUCGGAUGAAAGUCCAUCUCUUCGGCGCAACUUCCUCUCCAGGAUGCGCCAACUUUGGGUUGAAGCAGAUAGCUGAAGAACACAAGGACCUCAGCGUGGAGGCUGCAGAAUUUCUCACAAGGAAUUUCUAUGUCGAUGACGGUCUGAAAUGUGAAUCUUCUGAAGAAGAUGCCAGUGACCUUAUUCAGAAGGCAGUGAGCAUUUGUGCAAAGGGCAACCUGCGUCUGCACAAAUUCAUUUGCAACAGUCCACAAGUGACAAGCAGCAUACCCGAGUCAGAACGUGCUGCCGUUGCCAAGACCAGUCUGGAACUCGGUCAGCAUGACUCAACAGCUAUCGAAAGAGCACUUUGUCUACAAUGGUGCAUAGACUCUGACGAGUUGUGCUUUAGACUUACCCUCAAGGACCAUCCUCUAACAAGAGGCGGGAUUCUUGCCACCGUCGCUUCCAUAUACGAUCCUCUGGGUCUGAUUGCACAUUUGGUUCUAGUUGGGAGACAGAUCCUCUAG